AAUAGAGAAGAAGAAUUUGCUAACAACAAAUCACUUGCACUACGUGCAUGUGUGUUUAGAUUAUUUUUUUACGUUUGAAAAAGUGCUUAUUUUGAGUAAGACAGACAGGUGGCACUUUGCAGAGACAGUGGGGCAGAGCAGAUAUAGAUCUGUGUCUGCCCGUAACAAGAAAAACUAACGUAGUAACUGGCUAUGUAGCUAGCCGAGAUUGCUAAUUGGAGGUAAUCAAACUUUGCACAAGCUGGAGAAAAUGGACUCAAGCGUUUGCACGGACGUUUCCAAUGUGAUUUUCUUGGUCUGAAUGAAAUCUUGUUUGACAAAGAAGAUAUGUCCUUGCCUCUGGCAUCACUGCGCCUUUUGGUCCCCCCUCUUCAGCUCAUGACAGCCUCAAUGUGGCAGGUGAUGAAGAAAAAAGAUGUAAUGAAGUACUGGGCGUUGGCAGAGUUUGUGUCUUUGGUGAUGGACAUUGUACCAGAGCUGCUGAUGAACAAGCACAGAACUUUGCUAAAUUUGGGAUUAAGAGCUAGGUACAUUCUGGAGUUGUGUCGAAGUGAAGGACCUGGAAAACCUGAGUGUAUUCUCUCUUACCUGGACAAGAUAAAAUUGCCACAUUCUGCUCUGGUAGAAGUCAGAGAAUCUGAAGAGGAGGAGGUAAUAGCCAACUUUCUUGAGUUAAUUCAGAUUCUGCUCAAAGAUCCUGAAGAAAGAGGAAACUUUUUCACGGACGUGUUCUUUGCAGAGUACGGCCUGCAAUAUGACAGUGACUUGGAGAUGCUGUUUUCUGAGUUCCUGUCUCGACUGAGUCAGUUGUUGCCAGUUCCUGAUCUGGAGCAGACUGUUUCCUGGCUUGGAGCUGAAAGCUCUGUGCUGGAGGACUGUUUUCUGAAACUGUCUGAACCUACAGACUUGAAAAGUCUCCUCCAGCACCACAAAAACCCUGGCCAUUUGGACGAACAUGUUCUACCUUCUAGGAUGGGCCACAACAUCCUUUCCACUCUAUCCAUGAGAAAGGAGAAACCAUCAGAUCAGCCCAACCAGUCACAUCCACUGCAAGGCCACAGUGAUCACACAGAUGUAGAACCGUUGGUGGAUGUUGAGGUUGAAAUAGUAACAGUUUCUGAUUAUGCAGACUUAGAAGUAGGCGCAAGUACCAAUGUUGGAGUGGUGAUGGAAGAAAACUGCUUUGAUGGAACAAACACAGUGACUGAAGAUCCUCUGGUAGUAUUUCCAAAAAAAAAGAUGGAAGAAGAGGAAGCUGGUGAAGCAGAGGAGGCAGCAACAGAAGGUUUUGUGUCCUCCCAACAUAAAAUCCCUGUAGGAUCACAUGAUUGUCCCGACUGUGAAAAGAAAUUUAAAUUUGCCUCUGCGCUAUUGGCCCACAGUGUGAUCCACACCGGAGCACGCCCCCACCACUGCAGCGACUGCGGCCGCUGCUUCUCCUUCAGGCAGUCCCUCGACAGGCACAGACACACUCACAAAACUGGACGCACGUACGAAUGCAUCAUCUGCGGGGAGACCUUCCAUUCUUUGUCGGCUCGUACAGUGCACAAGCAAACACACAUGGAGGGUGGGGUUUACACAUGUUGUCAGUGUAACAAGAAGUUCAGCUGGGAGCUGUCCCUGGCAAAGCACCUGAAAACUCACAUUGACGAUCGCAACACAGACAAGCCUGUAAGGAGCCUCGAGGAUGAGCAGGAGGCUGUAAAAGCUGUUGACGGCAUCAGCGUGGCGAACACUGCACCUGAUGGUCAGGUGCAAACAGGUGAUAGUGGUGAUCAGGAUCCACAGUGGGCAGAGUGUCAGAGCAGUGAGCCUGGAGGUUCGGUUGCUGAGUCAGACAAUGAUGUGAUUCUUCCGGAGAAAGUCCGUGCAAGCGGACGCCAACGCAGACCAACAAUGAAGAUCCAGGUGAUAAAUUUACAGAAGCGCAUGGCCACUAAAAUAAAGGAGAGGACCAACCCUCUACAGCUGAAGACGGCCUCUUCUGUUUGUUCAGAACACUCUUAUGGGACACCCCUGGUCUCAAAAGAAGGCGAUCAAGAUGUCUCAUCGGCUGCUUUCUCCUGUCCUAAGUGCUCCUUCCACCACUCAGCAGAGAUGGCGGUCCUGCAGCACAUCGACAUGGUCCACUCUGCUGAAACAGCAGAGGAUAAGUCAUCCCCGCAGGCCCUCACAGGUGCUGAGGGACACUUUCAGUGUGCCGACUGUGGGAAAAGCUAUAAGUUUCAGUCCUUGCUUAAAGCCCAUCAGCGCAUUCACACUGGGGAGCAGCCCUUCACCUGCUCCCAGUGUGGACAACAUUUCUCCUUCAAACAGUCACUGGAGAGGCACAAGCAAACGCACAAGCCCGGACGCAAGUACAAAUGUCUGAUCUGCGGAGAGCUCUCCAGGUCUGCAGCAGAUCAGAGAACUCACAAGAGCACCCACAUGGAGAAUGGGGAGUACCUGUGCUCACAGUGUGGACAGACGUUCACCUGGAAGUCGGCGCUGGUGAGGCACCUGAAGACCCAUAGCAGGGACACUGAGAAGGUGAAGAGUUCUUAUAAAUGCCCUCGCUGUGAUCUGGGCUUCAGCUGUGCAAGUUACCUUAACAGGCACCUCCAGACCCACCAAGAGGAAAGAGUCCACGUCUGCAACUGCGGGAAGAGGUUUGCUUACCGGGCAGCUCUCACAGCACACCAACGCAUUCAUCAAAAAGAGCGGCCGCACAUAUGUGCACAGUGUGGAAAAGGUUUCCUUUAUAAGGGUGGUUUGCUGAGCCACAUGAAGAUCCACUCAGAGGAAAUGCCCUUCAUGUGCUCAUACUGUGGCAAGAGCUUCAAGAGGGAACGCAACAUGAAGAAACAUGAGCGCUGCCACACCAGAGAAAAUGUUUUCAGCUGCUCACAGUGCGACAAGAGUUUUGUUUAUAAAGCCACGCUGAUCAGACACGAGCUGACACAUUCUGGUGAGAGGCCGUACCUCUGCUCCGACUGCGGGAAGGGGUUCUUCUCUCAUGCUGAGCUUUUAAAGCACGAGCGCUUCCACACGGGCCACAAGCCGUUCCAGUGUCCCCACUGUGGCAAGAAAUUCACGCAGUCCUGCUACUUGACUAUCCACCUGCGCUACCACACGGGGGUCCGGCCGUACUCCUGCUCUGAGUGUGACAAGAGCUUUCUGAGCGCCAACCGGCUAAAGAGACACCAAAGAACACAUUCAGGGGAAAAACCGUAUCUGUGUGUCGAGUGUGGAAAAGGAUUCAGGCAAUCUUAUCAUCUCAAAAUGCAUCAACGAACACAUGUUUCAUGAAGAAAGCAAACAGAAAGAAACAUCCCUUCAAACAAGUUUAUGUUGAAUUUUGUUAAUAGAUCACCAACUCUGGUCCAUGAGGGCUGGUGUCCCACAAGUAUUGGAUGUUUCCCUACUGCAAUACCUUAUUCAAGUCUGCUAAUGACCCAAUUAUUUAAAUCAGGUGUGUUGCUGCACGGACACAUCCAGUACCUGCAGGAUACCAGUCUUCAAGUACCAGAGCUGGUGAUCCCUGCUCUAUAGUGAAUGUGAAGCGGAUGUUCCCAGAUUUAGAUGCCAAAUUAUAUUUUUGCUUUUCUUUUGUAUGCAUUCUAAUUUAUACCCACAAUAACAGACUGAUGCAAAACAGCUACGAUGUUUACCAUCUACUACUAGAUGAGCACUGAAAUCUGAUUGUCCUAAUUUUUAAAGUGAAACACAUGGUAAUAAAUAACCACACAGUGAGCUUCAAAUGAUAUAAAAGUUUUUUUUUUUUUUUUGUACAAAUGGGUAAUUUAAUUACUCCUGAACUUGGACAGCAGCCUAAAGUACUGCAGUGAAAUCAGCUUUAGGUUAGAUAUUCGACAGACGUUCGCUCCGGAGGUACCAGCAUCUCUGUAGGAGAGCAUAGACAAAUUCUCAGCCUUUUGUAAAAUGGAAAUCCUCAUACAGGAUGUAAAAAAGCAAGUGUCCAGGUUUGUAUCCAUGUUCUUCUGCUGGUGGUAGUAUUGGUCAACUAGUGCAGACCUCCACCAAACCCAAAAGGCCCAACUACCCACUCAGUAGCCCCUAUAUUUUGAAACUUCUGAAUCCUGAAUAGCAACAUGAUCUGGGUCAAAUAAUGUCAGAUUAUAAAACCCAUGAUACCAUCUUGAAUUUUUUUUUCUUUUGCUAAUGAUUCUGGGCAUUAUCUGAUGAGUUCGAAGCUGUAGUUGUAAAAAGAUCCCUAUUUCCCAAUAGUAAAGAAUCCUUAAAAUAAAUAAAUAAAUAAAAUCCAGGAUCCAGCCAGUGACAGUGUGGUGAUUUAUAACGUUUUGGACUUUCCUGCUCUGCAUGCAUGGGUUCUUUACCGGAGCUGCAUCAGUGACCUGGUGUAUGGCCAUUAUUAAACUCUCAACAUACGAUACAAUAAAUCAUUAUCACCAGACAUCAAACGCUUUGUUUCGUUCAUUUAGCAUUACAUUUUUUGUCCCUAAAAUAAUUAAUAAAAACUAUAAAUAUAUAUAUUAAAAAUUAAUUUUGUUAUAUGUUCAGAAAUUUCAAAAUCUUUAUUUUAGAAAGAUGUCAGAUCAAGGACUGUUACGGUGCCAGUUCGGGCCCCAGAUCUUAUUAAAUAGUCUGAAAUGCUAUAAACACUUGACACGAUCCUGCUGUAUAACACCCUCACACAGAUUCUGAUAUUUAGCAGUUAAAUUCCUCAUAAAUUUCCUGUUUUCUUUAAGAAGACCUUGGCAAUGUUUUCUGCUAAUGUGAAGACAUUGUAAUGACCAUUUUUAUCGUGCACAGAUCUGAUAGACAGCUGUAUCUGAAGAGCUUCUAUUCGGGAUGCUGUAUUUCAUUAGUGUUAAGAGGUUGAUUUGCAAAGUUGCACAGUUCUGACCUACAAAAUGGUAAUCAAUAGUCUUCAGAACCUAAGUCAUGAUAAUGUCCGCACAUACAAGUAGAGAAUAUAUGUCCCUCUUCUAAAUUUAUUUCCAAAUUCAGGUGGUUCCUUACAAAGUCUGACAUUAUGUAAGUUCAGUUUGUUAUACUGUUUACUGCUGCAGGAACAUCCUCUGCAUCAACGUGCAGGUAACAAAGGAGAUGGAUUUAAACUAUAAAAUAAUCACACUUUAUGUCAUAAUAUUGCCUUGACUGUGUUUUAACUGUUUACUGAUCAUGAGUCAUAACUUCAUGUUUUUCCUGCAUUUUAAUUUUUUUAUUAAACUUAAUAAAAUCUGCAAACUUGU